AAGCAGCCUCUAUAUAUAUAUAAUCUAGUUAUGUACUGUGGCAAAACCAUGAACCCAUGAUCAUGAUCAUGAUGAUGAACAAAACCAAACCCCAUGUCCUCCAUCUCCUGCUAGUGCUAUCGUGCACUUGGGUGCUCACAGUUUCUGCUACCAGCGAUGCCUAUCCCAGCGUCUCCGACUGUGGCGUCGUAGACGAGGUCGUCGUUCCAGUACGGAGGGAAGUGCACGGAGAAGGUAAAAUAUUUGACAUAAGCCAUAGGUACAGGGAGGACAUGCCGUCGUUUCAAUCGGACGAUGGGCUUGGCCAGUUCCUGUGGCUCCGCUUGUCCAUGAAGAACGGCUCCAUCGUCAACGUUUCAGAGCUCAAGUUCUCUACUCACUCCGGCACCCAUGUCGACGCGCCGGGCCAUGUGUUCGACCACUACUAUGACGCUGGCUUCGACGUCGACUCUCUCGACCUGGAAGUGCUUAACGGUAGGUCUUCAUCGUAUUAG